AUGUCAUUAAACGAAGUUCAGAUGUCUCCUGAUAAAGAUAAUGGUUCUAUUGUUGGGACAGUUUUACCAGAUAAAAAAUCAUGCUUCAAUUGUUGUGGAAGUAAUACUUUUAAUGAUAUUGAAGAUUUAAAAAGGAAAACAGGUUUAACAAAUGAUUUUUUAUUAUUUCAUAUUCGUUCAAUAACAACUGAUAUAAGAUUUACUUUAUUUUCUACUCUUUUUCCAAAAGUUUUACCAUUAUGGUGUAGUGGUACAAUAUUGAUACUUCUCGCUGUAUUGUACUCCUCACCUGAUGGCGGUUUUCCAAUUUUUAUUUUUACAAUAAUUUGGCUUGCAAUAUUUUUUGUAGGACUUUAUGGAUGUAUUAUAACAAGAAAAUUUCUUCGUCUUGGUUUAGCACAAUGUGUUAUGGAAGUAAAUCUUAAAUUAAUGAAAAAUAAUCUUUUAUUAUAUGUAAAUGAUUGUGGUGAUUCUUUUUGUAUUAAAUAUGGAUUAGUAUUUAUUAAAUAUAACUUAAAUGAAUGCCAUACUGAAACAAUGAAACUUAUUCGUAUCCAUAAUGCAAAUCAACCCAUUAAAAUAGAUAUUGAGGAAGCAUCAUUAGAUAAGUUAGCAACAAAAUAUUUAAUUAAACAUACACAAGAGUAUAUGAAAGCGCUUUUUAAGGGAAAACUUUUAUUUCCUAGAUCUCCACGAGAGGGAGUUUCUGAAUUUUCACCAAAGCAUAAUGCCACAUCAUGUUAUUUUUGCAAUUUAUUGAUUAAAAAAAAUGAAAACAUAAAGUAUUAUUCUUUUGACAAUUUCAUUUUAUCUCAGAAUCAAUUAAGUGAUAAUAGUUACAAAAAUAAUCGUAUUAAAUGGGAAAAUUUUGUUAAAAAAAGUUUAGAAGAAUCUGAUUUUAAUGUUGUAGUUAUUGAGGAUAACUUUUGGUUUCAAAGUAUGAGAAAGCCAUUUAUAAAGUUUGCUAAAAAGUUAAAAGUCAAAAUUGGUUUAAUUUAUUUUAAUAUUCCACUUUUAACUUGUUUGGAAAGAAAUAGUAAACGUUGUGAUAAUGAAAAUAUUGACAAAGAAACAAUUGUAAAAAUUUUUAAUAACACUGACCUCAAUAAUCUUGAUAAGAAUGACUAUGAUUUUUUUUUCGAAAUCAAUGAAGAUACAAAUAUUGAUUGUGUGUUAGAUUUUCUAAUAAACUUAAAAACUGAUAAAUAUUUAAAAAGUAAUAAAAAUGUUUUAGAAAAAACUUUAUUAAAAUCAAGUAAAAAUGCCAAAGAUGAAAGAGAGGAGAUGUUAAGAAAAUCAAUUUCUGUACUGGUAAAAGAAGGAUAUAAUUUUAACGAUCUUAAGAUUAUUAAAGAUAAGAUGAAAAAUGAUUAUACAUGGAGUGAUUGUUUAUCAACAAUGAAAAAGUAUUUAUCAAAUCAUUAA